UAUUUACUAUCAUAUUUUAAUUCAACUAUAGGCUUUUUUCAAUGUCAUUAUUACAUCGAUAAAUUAUUCGCUAAUGUGGUUGUUUCGUUAUGUUAAUUAUUGUCAUUAUUAUCAUAAAUAUAAAUCUUGCCUCUGAGUUCUGUACUUAUAAGGUACCACAAAAACGAACCUUACUUCAUUUUAACUUAUCAGGUUAUGUAAAUAACUGUCGGCAUUCUCAUAUCUUAUAAAAUAACUUACAAUCUCAAAUGAGUUAAUUUCAUUGUUUAUAAGUAUUCAUAGAAAACACUACAAUCUAAUAAUAGCUCUAUACUGUAUACUAUUAUUAUUGAAUGUUAUUGUUGGUAUUUUUAAUGUUACAUUCAUUUAAUUAAACUUAUUAAAUAAUGAGUAACUAAACACAACUAUACAACACAAAAAAAGUAUCCGAAAAAUGAAAAAAUCACUGAAGAUUUAUUCAAUUAAGUAUUAUUAAAUGAAAUCCUAUUUUCAAUGAUGUUAAUUUUUUUAUGCAAUUUGAAUGUGUUUUGUAUUUAUGUACAAUAUUUAUUCCCAAUAUUCCUUUUGUGACAUAAUGUUAAGUUUAGUCUGCACUUUAUUUAAAUAGUUUUACUUUAACAACUAUAAUUUGGUUUUUUAAUUAUUGUACCUGUUUAUUUUUUAUAACUAGUAAUAUAAGCAAAUAAUUUUUAUUAAAUUCAAAGAAUGAUUGAAUUAUAUUAAGGAUAUGUGGUUAAUUAAAGAAUCAAUUUUGUUUCUAUAUUUGAUGAUAUGCAUGUUCUUUUCAAAUUUUCUAUUCUUGUAUGGAUUUUUUUCUUUUGAUUACAAUGACAAUGUUAAAUCUUCAAUGGAUGAUAUCCCUUCUACUAUUCAACCGAGUCCUGAUGAUAACUAUUGGCGUUUUGACUCGCAACGUUUAUAUCAUAAAUCAGUGAAUAAAGUAGUGCUAAUGAUAAUUGAUGGAAUUCGUUUUGAUUUUUUAACUGAUACACAAUACAACAAAUUUAUGCCAUUUGUUACAACUCAUAUAAAAAAUAACCAAAGUUGUUUGUUUCGAACCAGAGUUAGUGCACCUACCGUUACAAUGCCUAGAAUAAAAGCAUUAACAACUGGUACUAUUCCAAACUUUAUUGAUAUAGCAUUGAACUUGGGUUCUUCAGAAAUUAAACAAGAUAGCAUUAUUAAUCAAGCUCAACUAGCUAAUAAAAAAAUUAUUUUUUUUGGUGAUGAAACUUGGUUGAAAUUAUUCCCAAAAUCAUUUGAUCGUUAUGAUAGCACUACAUCAUUUUAUAUAUCUGAUUAUACUGAAGUAGAUAACAAUAUCACACGCCAUUUAGAUAAAGAGUUAAAGCAUUCUACUGAUUGGGAUAUUAUGAUACUUCAUUAUUUAGGGCUUGAUCAUAUUGGUCAUUUGGCUGGCCCUCGAAGCCCUUUGAUGCCACAUAAAUUGUUGGAAAUGGAUAAAAUUAUCAAUUUCAUCAUAGAUAAUUUGGAUUCUGGUAAUUCUGAAUUACCAACAGUUUUGAUAGUAUGUGGUGAUCAUGGAAUGCGAGAUAAUGGUGGCCAUGGGGGAUCAUCAUUGGGUGAAGUACUAGUACCUGUAUUCUUUAGUGUACAAAAUAGGAAAUGUGGUGGUCUUAUUGAUGAAGAAAUAAUGCAAAUUGAUAUUGUUCCAUCAAUAUCUGUUAUUAUGGGAUUACCUAUUCCUUCUGGAAAUAUUGGAAAAUUAAUAAAUAGAGCUGUGCAAUUCCUAAAUAUUAAUGAAAUUUUAUUUGCAUACCAUUACAAUGCUCAACAAGUCUACAAAAACUAUAUUAAUAGAAGUGGUUCUUUAAAAACGGAUUUCAUUUUGGCAUAUAAUAAAGCUAAUUUAAAUUAUUACAAAUGGCUGAAAGGAGAAUUAAAAUCUGAUGAUGAAGCUAAAUAUACAAUAAAUUUAUAUAAUUUUGCUUUAAAUGGUAUGAGGAACUACCUUAUUGGUUCAGUUAGUAAAUAUGAUGUCUGCCUUUUAAUUAUCUCUAUGAUAUUAAUAUCACAGAUUUGGUUACUUCUUAUUGAUAUGCAACCUAAAAGAAUAAAUUAUAUACAUAUAAAAUACUUGGUUUUCUUCUUGUUAAUUCGUUGGAUAACUUGUACUUCAUUACAUUGUGAAAGCAUUUUAUGUGAAUUUAGUAUUAAACUAAAUACUUUGGCAAUUACAAUAUUUACCAUAUUUAUUUUUAACUUUGGAAGUUUUUACCAGUUGCAUUCGAUCAAACUUAAUAUAGUGAAAAGUAACAUAAAUAAUAAUGACUUAUAUGUUAUAUCUGGGAUGCUAAUUCAUUUUCUAAGUUUAUUUUCAUCAAGUUACAUUGAAGAAGAACAUCAGCUUCUAUAUCAUCUUUGGACAGGUUUUUCAACCAUUCAAAUUUACAAUUAUUUCAAUAAAAACAGUUAUGUUGAUAUGAUAAAAUGGUUGUUUUGUAUGAUAUUACAUCGAUUUUGUAAAGAUUUAAACUAUGUUGGUAAUCAGUGGUCUAAUUCAUAUAGCUUGGGAGACUGGUUAAGAGAACCAACAAAUAAAUUAUUUUUAUCAGUGUUCAUGAUACUAGGUCUCAUUAGUAUUCUUAUUAUUUGUGUUUAUAUUCAUGUAUUUUUCUUAAACAAUAAAAGAAAUAUACAUGAAAUAUUUAGUUGUAUAUUAUAUAUUUGGAUCUCAUUUUGUAAUUAUGUAUACAGAGUUAAUACUGAAGAAAUUUCUGAACCAUAUGGUUACAGUAUAUUGAAAUUGAUGUUUUCACUUUCAUCGUGGACCAUAGCUUGGUAUUUACUCGUAAUAAAUCAUUUUGUAUUAAUAUUUAUGCAAUCUGAAAAAAAUUGUCAAAAAUGGAAGCAUUUAAACUGGUCCUUUAUUAUUUUAUUGCUUUUACGUGUAUCUCUUUUGUCAAGACCUCAUAAUUUAUUAAUACCUUUUAUCUUAGUGUACACGUGCGAUCUAAUAAGAAAUAAAAUGUAUAGUUUAACUACGAUUACAAUACUCCAUUAUUGGUUAUCACUUCUUUUCUUUUUUUAUCAGGGUAAUUCAAAUAGUAUUGGAACAAUUGACAUAGUACCUGGAUACAUAGGACAAACGAGUUAUAAUCCAAUUGUAGCUGGGAUACACAUUUAUACUCAUACAUUUGGCCUAUAUUUAAUUGUCUAUUUUUUCUUUAUUCUUGAAUACAAAUUUUUAGGCCUUCAGAAAUUGUGUGUGCUGAGUAUUGCUCAAACAUUCUUGUAUGAUGUUGUUAUCUUGUUUUUCCGAAAUCAUUUAUUUAUUUGGUCUGUAUUCUCUCCAAAACUACUAUAUAUGGUCUCUUAUUCAUCAACACUCUGUUUAUUUUCUGUAAUUUCUGUAUUUCUAAUGAAUUUAUUUGCAAAAAAUAUUGACGACAAACGAUUAAAUAAGUUUCAAUUGUGAUAUAGUUGCUUAAAAUAAAUAAUAGUUAAAAUAGUCUUGAAAAAUAAGUUAUUUUUUUUUAAAAGCUAUCUUAUUUUAAUUCAAAGUUAUAUUCAUAGGCACAACUAGGGAUGUGCUGAAGUAUUUCCAAUCCUAAUUCAUUAUAAGUGUUGUGAAAAUAACUUUUAUUCAUUUUAUUAAAGAUGUUUUUAUCUGUAGUUGGCAAUAAACAUAAAUAAUUUACAACUUUUUUUCAU